CCACCACCCUCGCUCGCAGGCAGCCGGCCGGCCAGCCAGCAGCAAUUGAUUCUACAUCUUCUUCCAACCCAGCGGAGCAGGGGAGGAAUGGCACCACAAGGCAAAUAAACCCACGAGUUCUACCUCCUAGCUCCCUCCCCGCGCGCCGCCAGAAGCUUCGCAGAAUACAGCACUGAGCACCACGCGCGGCUGCCUCGUCCGUGGGGCUUGACUGGGUGGUGCCUUUGUUCCUGAUGGGGAACUGCGCCGGCGUGCAGGGGAACGCCGAGAUCAACCCUUCCUUCAGUGCCCCCAACUCGUCAGGGACCGGUUCCAAGAACAGCAGCAAGAACGCAACCGAUACCGACACCUUUGGUACCAAGACAUCUGGCUCUUCUUCGUCGGUGCCGCCAACUCCUCGUACCGAGACAGAGAUCCUGGAGUCAUCAAAUGUCCGGAAUUUCACCUUCAGUGAGCUGAAAGGCUCCACAAGGAACUUCAGGCCAGACAGCCUGCUCGGGGAGGGGGGCUUUGGGUCAGUGUUCAAGGGAUGGAUGGAUGAGCGCACGCUUGCGCCUGUCAAGCCGGGCACAGGGAUGAUCGUCGCGGUGAAGAAGCUCAAGCUUGACAGUUUCCAAGGGCACAGAGAAUGGCUGGCUGAGGUCAAUUACUUGGGGCAGUUAUCCCACCCUAAUCUUGUGAAACUUGUCGGGUACUGCUUGGAGGACGAACAACGGCUUCUUGUGUAUGAGUACAUGCCAAGAGGCAGCUUGGAGCAUCAUCUCUUCAGGAGAGGGUCGCACUUCCAACCGCUCUCGUGGAACCUACGGAUGAAGGUCGCCCUUGAGGCUGCCAGAGGUCUUGCUUUCCUGCAUGGUGAUCAGGCUAAAGUUAUUUACCGAGAUUUCAAGACAUCCAAUAUUCUUCUUGACUCGGAUUACAAUGCAAAACUAUCUGAUUUUGGUUUGGCAAAAGAUGGUCCAAGUGGUGAUAAAAGUCAUGUCUCUACCAGGGUCAUGGGGACUCAAGGAUAUGCUGCCCCUGAAUAUAUCGCAACAGGCCAUUUGACCGCGAAGAGCGAUGUGUACAGCUACGGUGUUGUUCUUCUGGAGUUGUUAUCUGGGCAGCGUGCUCUGAACAAGAACCGCCCGCCUGGCCAGCACAACCUGGUCGAGUGGGCUAGACCUUACAUCACCAAGAAGAGGAGGGUCAUCCAUGUCCUAGACUCGCGAUUGGGUUCUCAGUAUUCGCUUCCUGCAGCACAGAAGACUGCAGCGCUUGCGCUUCAAUGCUUGUCAAUGGAUGCACGCUGCAGGCCAAGCAUGGAUCAGGUUGUGACUAUGUUAGAACAGCUUCAAGGGGCGAAGGGCGCAGCAAAAACAGGCAGGUAGGAGAUUGCUGGUUACUGAUGUCCAUACCCAUCUGGAGCAUCCUCUUUGUAAUACUUAGUGAACGGAUGGACUUGUGGGGCUGAGCUAGCUUCUGAAGAGAAUGUAUAAUAUACCUUGUUUGGUGUACAGCUUGUUGCUUCCUUGUUGCAACUUGUUUUCUACUUAUGGCUUAGUGUCACAAGUUCGAAGAUAUAACUUCUUUGUCCCAGUUUCCCAUAUAUUCCAGUUAGUACUUAGAUUCUUGAA